CGAUCGUCUUUCAUCUCCUGGCCUGCUUUUCCGUGGCAGUCCCGUGCGGGACUAGCACCUUCUUAUCUCGUGACUGGCCACAAGUGCAGUUCUCGAGUCUGCGUUAGCGGUUUUGUCGCUGUUGAUUGGAGAAUACGUGAGAGUUGGUGGUUGUGUUAGGAAAGUCGCUCGCGGUGUGGAGAAUGCGAGAGUGAUUUCUUUCAAUGCUUAGUACAUUUUUGUUUCUGCAUGUGAUUGUAUUGUACCGGCGUUCGAUUCUUUCCAAGUAGAUUAUGUCCUGGCUCUUUUGGUUUUGCUACGUGCAGCCAUAGCUUCUGCUGGUUCGGUUUUGAAGAGGGGACCGAGAGGAGGUGCUCAGGUUCUGGUAGUGUCGUAAAGGAUUCGUACUCUCUUUUACUGCUGUGUCGAUUAUAAUUAUUCAGGAUAUAUGUACAUUGCAGAUCACUCGCACCUUGUGAAUAUAUUUACGGGAAAGAUACUUCGCUGCUUCCGCUUCUGGCCCGAGGCUGUCCUCCUCAAGAACGAACAUGGCUCCGUGUUUGUGUGCACCAACAAGUCAUGAGGGCUCUUUCCGGUGCCGUCUGCAUCGUGAAGUCAUUCGAAGUGUAAUAGGUGCAAGCAAUCGAGGUAGUUGGAGUACCGUUCGUCAGGCAUCCGCAGCAGUUCCUUGUUUGUGUGCACCGACAAGUCAUCCCGGUUCUUUUCGUUGCCGUCUGCAUCGAACCAAAGAACCGAGUUGGGGAGGACGUCCGCUUCUACCUUCAGCGCAUGCUAAAGCCCUUAGAAGUUCGGAACUCCCUCCAUCUAAGCCCAGCGACACUAUUUCUGUGAAGAAAACCGCCUUCGCAAGAACGAAUCGGUCAACAAUAUCAGAGUCUAAGCUUCGAAGCGAGCUAAACAAGGCAAUGCCCGAAAUAGUGGCGGCAGUUGACAAGCUAAGAAUCACACCUGUCGAAAUGUACGUCAUAAGAAGAAUUUUGACCAAGAAAGGCAAGCUAAUUGUUGCGCCAGUUCCUGGAACAGCCACGGUGAGGGCAGCUUCAAACAGUAUUAUCAGCCAGGAAAACGCUCUACUCAGUGAUGCCGUUGCAGCCAAAGCCACUAAAGAGAUACUCAUGCGUUCACAAAAUAAGGGUGUAAAGAAGCCUCCUACUUGUAAGGAGCGGCGUUUGAGAGCGAAGAGCGAUGUAUUGGCAACAAUUCUUACCUGACCACGGUGCCAUGAGUUUCGGCAGCGCUUUGAAUGCACUGUACAAAGUGUAUACUAUUUUAGAAGAUCAUUCUCAUGUUCGCAGAGUAUAUAUACUGCUGUUUUAAUAGUUUAUCGACCCUCGGAUUGCUCGACAGAAACCUUAGAAAGUCAAGAAUCAGCAAUACUAACUCAUUGCUUCCGGUAAAUUAGGAAAAUGAGACAGUUGCUGUCUUCGUAAAGCAUAGGUGACUGUUUAGCUGUGUGCAGGAGUCGUGAAAUAUAAAUAUCUUGCACGGUCUUGUGCAAAACCUUCAUGAUAGCCAAUUUCGACGUGUUGAUCAGGCGACCUUGACACACAAAAUUUAACGUCGGCAUUCUCGUGGUCCUAAAUCCUUGCUUCUGAGACUUUUAUGUUUUUCACGCAUUCGAGUGUGAGCCUUUCACAUUCUAUUUUGUAUGCUGGAGAAUAUUGCUGAUUGAACUUGUAACUGCAUUGCAUUGAUCCAACAGAUGGUUUGAAAGUUGGAGAAGAGAGAGAGAGAGAGAGAGCGAGAGCGAUUAGAAGCAAGUAGAGGGUUGUUGCUCCAAUUGCUAUAGCUAGGUUGCUCAAUGCUGAUUGUUCAAUUUGGAAGUCCCAACAAUGGGGCACGUUUUGAAAGCAAA